AUGACAAAAUGUGCCGAUGUCAUGCUUCGAUCUCUUUUGCACGGCUCAGAUCAAACAGGCGUAAGCAAAGGUUUGUGUUUGUCCACGAAUAUUGUUUUCUUAAAACAAAAUGUACUUCAACAAGGGAUGAAGGCCAUGGAAGCAAAAAUGGCGGCGAGUUUCAACAAAGCUCAUCUGCGAAAAAUCACAGAGAAGAGCCAGUUGUCCCCAUACGGUAUUCUUGACCUUCUCAACACUCAGAAAUGCCUGAAAGAUUUUUUUGUACAACGGGGGUUGUUUGGCGACCAUCUGAACAUUUCGGAAGUAAACCAGAAUAUGACCUUAAGCCUAAUGGACAAAGAGAGGGAUGACAAAAUCAACAAUAUCAUCAAGAGCAUCGUGGAGAAGAGCAUAGCAGACAUUGCAAAGUUGAGACAGCUGAUUGCCCUCUGGGAUGCAGAGGAACGCUCUACUACAAAUGUUUAUAUCGACGAGUCAUCGUACGGCGUCAUCACUCAGCAUAAAAUCAAGCAAUACCUCAAGAACUUUUUUUCGGAGAGGCUCAUGAGUGCUGAGAAUCCCAAAGAGUUCCUCCCUGAAGGAAAGGAGGGCUAUUUAAUGUCAUCUAAGGAGAGAGAGCAUCCUGACAGUAAUAUGUUAGAGUACGGCAAUGAAGAACCAAAGGGAGAUGACUCUUCACCCAUGCUUGGGAAGGCUAUCAGUAUGAUCAGCCAUGUGAUUCAGCCUGUGGUUGACACCAUAGAAGUUACCAAAGCAAUGGCCAAAAAAGUCAGGUCAGCGUGGAAGGAUGAAGAUAUCACAGAUAAUUCAGAUAAAGAGGCAGAGGAGGAGUCCGAAAUAGUUGAGGGAGGACCAGUCUCCAGUCUUCUGCCCACUUCAGAGGACCCUGAAGUGAAGGUUCCAUCUGCUUCCCAUUCCUCUUCAUUGUCUGAUAAGGAAAUCAGCAGAGAGGAGGAACAUCAGAAUUUUCCAGUUAUAUCAACAGAGGGACCUGCAGAGGAAAGUUCAUCUGCAAACUUGAUCAUGAGCACCAGAAUAGAUAGCAAAUACUUUCCUCUGGACAUAUUGGAUGAGGGUGCAGCGGAGGAACUCUGCAGGUUUGAAAAACAGUUGACCCCCAGGCUGUCCCCCAUUUUAGAGGAGACAGGAGAGGCCAAUUCUUCAGCUUCUUCUUCAGCCAACACAUCGAGGUACGCUGGGGUGGCACGUUCUGGUCCCUGUCCGUGUCCUAUUACAUCCGCCCUUCAAAAGGCAAAUGUCUUCAAAAACGAGAUACCUCUACAUGAAUAUGAGACAGCGGAGAAUCCCUGCGCGCUUGAGGUGAAGUCGUCCCCACGGCUUUCCACUUCUUCAUUAAAUGUGAUGGAUGAGAAACUUCCAGAUGCCUCUGAAGAAGAAGCAAGAAAAGAUAGUUGGAUAUCUGAGUCUGGAUCCACCUCUGGGUUGGAUGACACUGGGGUGGCUGAUUCUCCAGUGCCUUCUCCUUCCACCUCCUCUCCCAUCAUUGAGAAAGCCAAAAACAUCAUCAGCCAUGUCAUUCAGCCUGUUGUUCACACCAUCGACUCGGCCAGCAAAGUUACAAAGACAGCCGGCAAAACCAUUGUUAAAAAAAUGAAGUCCAUCUGGAAAUCUCGCUCUGGCAAGAAGAAGGGCAAAAAAGCCAAAGUCAAGAAUGAGACAAAAGCUGAGAAAGAUUUUCAUCAUGGUAGUUUGGACGAAGAAGAGGAAGAGGAGGAUGAAGAAGAGUCAUUCUCUGGGAUUUCAGGCGCUUUAGAGGAUGCUGAGCUUGGAGGUUCUGCAGAAGAUCCAUCCUCCAUUGUUGAAGAGACAAACCCAAUCACAAGUGACAGCAAAGUAGAGAAACCUCAGAAUAUUUCUGAACAAGUGGCCGUGGAGAAGUUUUGCUUCUUUGAGGAAGAAUCCUGCUCCGGGCUUUCUACUCUUUUGGAAACUGCGACAUCUAAAUCCCAUUCCACCACACCAACUUCAUUCCCCCUUGAGAAGGCAAACAUGAUCAAGAAUACACGCAGCUAUGAACAACCGACUCCAAAUAUCUCCAAUGAAAAAACAGAAGAAGAAAUGUCCUGCCAUUCUAUUGGCUUGGCAUCCAUUCCUGACAGUAAACUGGGAGCUACAGAGACAGAUGAAGAGCAAGCCAGUGGGCUCAAUCUUCUCCAGUCGGAGGGGGAUGCAAAUGAGCACAACAUCUACAGUAUCUUUGAGAACAUCUUCAGACAGGAGUUUUCCAAAAAAUUAGAAAAUUCCCUCAGACAAGGUCUCUGUGAUGCUGUCCGUGUAUAUGUCCCUGAAAGGAGCUCAGUGGAAUCCUUAGAGAGUGUUGCCAUGACAGGCAAGCCGAUUUGUAGUGACAUAAAACAGUCCAAAGAUGAGUUUGACGGUUACUCAACUGGUCCGCGAGACUCACCGUACACUGGAUCCACCUCUAUUGCUUCUUCUAGCAGCUACCAGUUGAUAAAAGGGAGCGGAAGCAAGAAUCAAUUAUCAGAUGACACUCUAAAAGAAGACAUGCAACCUGAAGGACUUCAUUCCAAGAGGAAGUCCCUGUGGAAAAGGUGGAAAAUGAGACGUUCAAGGAAGAUACGCCCAAAUAAUUUGGAGGUUGGUUGUUGUCCUGGUACCACGCUCGACACGGUUUCAGACAGCCAAGCCACUAAACCAGCUAUCAAGUCCAUCUUUAAAAAGGUCAAGUCAAUUUGGAAGUAG